AUGGGGUUAGAUUUCAUACAAGAUCUCGAGAAAGUCGUCGCAAAACACAGAACAGUGGCAUUGUUGUGGAAGGGAACCAUCUUAAUGACGUCAUUGACUUCUAUGGUGUCCUCGUGGAUAUUAUUCGGUUGUAUUAUGUUAGAGACAAAAAAUAUUCUUCUAUACAAGUGUGAGUGGUUUGAUGUCGAUAAAGGAAAGUCAAGGAUACUGCAAGAGGGUGCCAUUACAAGUGUUAGGGUAGAUCGUGCUUGGUAUUCAACUGACCCUUAUGUUCUUGCUAGUCAAGCUACUCAAGUAUAUUACGUCAGUGAUCCGAAGUUGGGCUCAAAUUGGCGAGUUGUUCAACGAUUUAACCAUCGCCAUAUAUUCAGUGGAGAAAUUGAGACCUCCAAUAUUUUGGAUGAUUUUGAUAUGGUAGAUGAUGAUGAGGCCUAUCAAGAUGACGAGUUAACAAAUGUCCCUUCUACAGUUGUGGAUGUCUAUGGUGAUGGUGAAAUUCCAUUACAUAGAGAAGGUGUUGUUGCUGAAGUGAUUGACCUUGUGGUUGUAGAAGGGAAGUACAAGAACUAA